ACGAUUACAGACCAGCCCACAUCCGAGGCAUCAGUCAGGAGAAUCAUUUCCGCGUCCGGCUUCGGGAACGCGAGGCUAGCUGACUCAGCAAGAGCUCGCUUCAUCACGUCGUACGCUUCGCGCUCUGACGAGGUACGUGCGACUGGGAUGCCCGAAGCUGCACGCUUAUCGUGCAUAGUCAAUGAUACUGUCGAGCAUCCAGUUCCAGUAAUUCGCUCUGGGUCAUGUUUCACUCCUUCCCCAUUGAUUAUCUUACCACACCAUUUUACUUCUUGCUUGUAG